AUGGCAACAGCAGUUGUGGAUACCCUCAUCAUCGGCGGCGGACCUGCAGGUCUGUCAGCGGCGGUCGCUCUAGCACGACACGCUCACACAGCCAUCAUCCUGGAUUCCAAAGCCUACCGCAACGCAGGCGUACAGCACAUGCACAACGUUCCAGGAUUCGACCAUGCAAGCCCCGCCGACUUUCGUGGCAAAGUGCUGCAAGACUUGAAGCAGCGGUAUCACAGCAUCGAGCACAUAGCAGCCUCCAUCAACACACUCUCGAAGCGAGAAGAUGGCGUCUUCGAAGCAGUAGACAACCGCGGUAAAUACUACCACGGCCGCAAGCUCAUAUUAGCGACUGGUGUGAGGGACAGACUGGAAGAUGAAGUCCCGGGGUACGCGGAGUGCUGGGGCAAAGGCGUCUUCCACUGCCUCUACUGCCACGGCUACGAAGAGCGUGGUGCAGAUUCAGUCGGCGUUCUAGCUGGAGGCCAGAACACAACACCAGACAUGGUCAUGCACGUAACGAAAAUGGCCAAACGUCUCGCAAAGAAAGUCACCAUUUAUACGCACCGAUCAGCAGAAAUGGUCGAGCCUCUAAGAAAUCGCAUCCACAGCUCCAAGAUCUCGAUCGACACACGGCCGGUCGCUUCACUCUCACUGGUGGACCGCGGUCCCCAAGUCGAAGUGACAUUCGAGGAUGGAUCUUCCGUUGUCGAAGGAUUCAUCGCGAGCCAUCCGAAAGUCGAGCAGCAUGCCGAACAUCUUAUCCGCCAACUGGGUCUGGAGACAACCUCUGGUGGCGAGAUCCAAGUACAGCCGCCAUUCAACGCAACCAACAAUCCUGGCUGUUUCGCUGUUGGAGAUUCAGCUACGCCGUUCAAGAGUGUCCUUGCUGCUAUGCAAGCGGGCAACUUCGCAGGAGUGGGUGCAGCGUCACAGCUGCAGAGCGAAUUGGAGGAAAGGGAUUUACUUUGA